CAUCAGACUGUCACAUUGUGCUGUCAAACCGCUGUCCUGCUGUCAGAUUCAGAUUGAAAAUAAUAUAUUGGGUGAUUCUUUCUGCUCUAUUAUUGGUGUUUCUCAUGGAUUAUCAUGUGCCCCACGUGCCUCAAGUGAGUUCAAUUCAAGCACCUGUUCGAAUGCCAAUGUACAACACGAGACAUCGACGAUGCAGCUUUAAAUAAAUGCCGUACAUAACUGGUUUAAAAACCAAUUGGUGUUGUAUUCAACUCUAGCUGAAGAGAAUUUCAAGACAAAUUACCUUAUAAACAUGUGGAAAGUUGUGUCUCUUAGCUGUCGCAGAUUUCAUACUGCAUCCUAUCAACAUGCAAAAAUGGGAAAAAUUCUAAGUAAAGUAAUGGGAAUGCGCAACGCCUCAAAAAAGAAGAGAAUAUUUAGCGAAUCAGGUGUCCUACCAAAUGCAGAAAUGUUUAGCAAAGGUAGCAACGAAGGCAGAUAUUCCGGAAGCGCACGGCGCGUCUCAGUUUUAAAUAAAUUAUUUAUGAAAUAUAUAACAGAUCUGUUGGCUACAGGAGAAUAUUCAAAAGAAUUUACUGGCCAUGGAAUUGAAAUAAAUAGGGUGCAAAUUUCACCUGAUUACACUGGACUGAACGUGUUUUGGAUUGCAAAUGGAACACAGAAUAAUGAUGAAGUUGUAGAAAAAUUGUUGAAGAAAAACGCCGGGUUUUUGAGGCACGAAUUGUCGUCGUUAAGAGUUAUAGGAAAUGUACCACAGAUUCACUUUCUUAAAGAUAAGCAACAGACAGAGUUAAUUGAGCUCGAUUCCAGACUGGCAAAAGCUGAUUUUGGUGAAGAUCAUGUACCCCUUGAAAUGACAACAAAGUUAAAAACUCAGUUAGAAUUGUUUACACAUUUACCUUCUGAAAUUAAAGAAAAAAUUCAACAGUUGGAUGCCGCAUUGUCAGAUAAUGAUUUAGAUGAUGAUGAUGAAUUACCUCCAAUGACUCAAAAUGUUUUAGGAUUGGAUCAUUUAGAAAUAUUGAACAGGAUAAAAAGAAGCAUGAAAAAAGGGAGAGCUUCACAUAGGUGUAAUAAGAAUGAUCCUAUUAUGGAAGCAAUUAAUGAAAAUCCAAUUGAAUUUACAAACAAUAAGGAGAAACGGGAAGCUUUUAAAGAAUUUCUGAAAAAAAGAGAGUUGCUCAGAUCCAAUUCAAGAAAAGAAGAUAAAAAUUAUUAUCCAGAUACGGAAUACAUAAGACAAGAGUUGGAGGAACGUCGUGCUGAAUAUUUCAGAAAUUUAGAAAUUUAUGAAGACGAAGAACGUGAUUACAUUGAAGACAGGACUGAAGUGGAUAAUCGAAUAAAAUAAAGGAUUAUCAAAAGAAAA